AUGAAUUUACCGAAAAAUGAGCAACGCGAGCCGCCAAAUGACCUCUUUGCCAAUGGGAAAAAUGUGAAAAUCGAAGAGCCCGACGACUACGAGAUUGAAUCCAAUGAAGAGGAUGACGAGGAAGAAGAGGAAAAUGGAGAAGACGACAAUGAAAUCGACGAUGACUAUGAGGAAUUCGAUGUCUCCGAAUUCUUGGCAACGGCCUCAAAAUCGCCGACAGAUGAGGGAAAAGCGUCGAUUUUUCGCCUUUUCCCCGAAUCCAUUCAAAACGAUCAUCCUUAUUGUCUCCGAGAAGCGGGAAACGAAAAACAAAAUUGCGCAAAUUUCGCAAAUUUUGAGGAUUUUGAAAAAUCGGUUCCACUCAUGGGAAAUGAGAUAAAAGUCGAGGAAAAGCGCACCCAAAUGGCCGAGUGCGUGAAGUGCGGACGAGUGAUUGACUUGCUGGGCGAUGACGGAAACGCGAUGAAACGAAUCGAGUGGACGGAGGCAUCGCGAAUCGAAAAAAUCAUCGAGCGCGGGAUUCGCGGAGUGCACAUCGAGCGAAUCCGAGAGAAAAUGAGAGCUCGUCAGCAUUUUUUCGUCUGCAAACGGCACAUUGUCGACGGAGCAAAAGAGAUGCAAGAGAAGAAAGUCAAGAAAUUUGAGUGCUGUAUUUGUGGCGACGCCUUAAACAGCACCCAGAAAAGAGAGGUUUUAUCGAAAAAAAUGGGGAAACGAUUGGAUGAAUUGAUCGGAUCGAAUUCUGGCAUCGUUAAAGCAAUAAAGGCAUUUCGUGAUCGAGAUGACACACAAGGCCGCCUUGUGAAAGUGCAAAUUUGCAAGCAUCACGUCACGCCGGAGAUGCGUGAGAUUUUGCGUGAAGAGCGCUGUCUUGAGGUGACCCCGUUGGCCCGGCGACUCGGCUUCCGACAGAAGACUUUUCACGAUUUGGAGACAAUCGCUUGCUUCAUUUGUCAUCACCGAAAUUUCGUCUCAACGGAGCGGCGUUUAAUGCGAAACGUGCUUCAAACGUGGGAAGUGUCAAUGAUCGAUCGAUAUUUGAGGCUGGAUAACGAGUUGAUGUCAAGGAAAAGGAAAGGUACAAAGAACAUCUCGAUCUGUGAGCAGCACAUUCCGAAAAAUCUGGCGAAAUUUAUCGAAGCCGAGCGCCUUAAACAGGACGCAAAAUUGGAGGAACACUUUUUAACUCGGGAACUGCUAGCGGAUAUUCACUAUAAAGAUGACCCAAAACCGUUGGUGAAUGGAGAAAGAAGACGGGGAAGAGGACGGCCAAGGAAAAAUCCUGGAGUCGAGGUGAAGAUAAAGGGAAAAGUUGGCCGGCCACGCAAGAAUCUCGACGCCAAUGUUGCGCCAAAAUCCAUCGAUAACGACGUGCAGCCGGAAGCGAAUGACGAGACGUCGCUUCCCCGAUUGAGCAAUUUGAUCGACGGGAUCAUGCCGAAAGCGAGCAGCGAGAUUGCGUUGAGGAGGAGUGGCAGGAAGAGGAAAAUGAGGAGAUUCGAGGGGCAUGUUGAUGGUGCAGAGGUUGACGACGAAGAGAAGAAGAUCGAUGAAGUUGGGAAAAGCCCAAAAAUGAGAGGAAUUGAAGGAAAGGAGGAAAAUGCAGAAGGAGAAGGGAAAAUCGAUCGACAACUGAUCAAGAAAAUCAAAGAAGAACCCGUUGAAUCUGCUGAAGAGCUGGAAAAGAGUCAAUUUGAGUCGAAUCCCGAGGAUAGAAUCGCUCAAAAUGUGCUUCGGCUUGUCGGAUCGUCGAGCACUCGUGAGGCUGACGAUCGAAAAGAGCGAGAUUGCGAACCCUCGACAAGCGCUGUGGACGAGACGGAAACCCGUGGGCCCGGGAGGCGACCGAUUGGGCCCCAAUCGAUGUACGUGAAAUGCGUUAAAUGCGAGUACCAGGCGAAGCGCGACUGUCACUGGAAAAUGGCGACAUUGACUCGGAUCACGCCGGAGACAGCGGCGGAUAUCGAGCGAAUUCUGCUUGCUGACAGCGAUGACGCGAAACGGAUCAAAGGAUUGCACAAAAUGAUUAACAAAGGCAGUGACGAGGCGUGGACAUGCACCCGGCACUUGGACGACGGAAAUCAGAGGCUCAAGGAAACGAAUAAAAAGGUGCACAAAUGCUUGCUCUGCGAUGAGCAGAUCUCUCCGGAUGAGGGGGAGUUGAUCGCGACGAGAUUCGAGGCAAAGAGUAUCGACGAGUUUCUAGGGAACAAAGAUGGGAUUGUCGAGAAGAGAUUUGUGGCCAAUCUACGCCUCGUUGAGGGUUACAAGCUCGUGCACAUGGCACAAACGUUUGUCUGCAAAACGCAUUUGCGCCCGAAAGUCGAGCAACGAUGGAGGAGUGUAAAGGAUACCGCUUUUGAAUUGAGCAACACAUGCACUCUAUGCGGCCACAACAACGGGGAUUCGUUUGUUGGGCGAAAAACGAUGAAAUUCGUGAGCGAUCUCGGGGAAAUCGGGCUCUUCGACGACUUGUUCAAAACCGGAGGCACGAUCGGGGACUUUAAAUUCGAAAAUAAAUUGCACUCGAUCAGCUUCUGCGUCGAUCAUAUCACGCCGCCAGUCCUCGAACAAUAUAACCUGUGGCGCGAUGCAAAGGCGAUGAUUCGAGAGACCGAGGAGAAAUUGCGAGAAAAUCGAAUGGCACAAAUGAGACGGAGAACGGCGGGGAGAAUGCUCGACUUCGAUCAUUUCGCUCGUUCGCCGUCGCCGAUCUCAGAUUUGUUGGAUGUGGCAGUGCCGAAACGCGGUCGCCCACCAAGACAGCGUCAAGAAAAAGCGAAACAAAUGCGGAAAAUGAUCGAGAAAGCCGAGAAAGCGAUGGGUGGAGGAGAGGAGGGAAAAAAUGGAGAAGAAGAAAGGAGUGGAGAGCCCCCAUCUCAACGCAAUCGAAUCGGUUGGCCACGUCUGACGAUCUCUAGCACAUCUCCGAUUGGGAAAAAGAGUCAAGCGAUGCCCCUUUUACGCGACGAGUCUCGCGAGGUUUUUUUCCGGAGUAUCCCUUCAACCUCAGCUUUCACCGAUGAGACUACCAUGGAGCUGUUUCGCAAGAAUCCGUCCGCUUGCCUAAUUUGUGGUCAUUCGAAUCCAUUGAAGUCAACGAUUCGAAACUCGAAUGCCGAAGAGGCCGAAAAGGAUUUGAAAAGGAAAAAGACGAUUGUUUCAUAUAAUGAGGCUUUGAUUGCGGACAAAUUGAUGCCCGAAGCGAAUGGGCUUUUCACGAAGAUAAAGAUGAGUGGAAACGCGCCGUGCUUCUGCGUCGACCAUGUCAAUUUGGAGAUUUGGAACCUCGAGCAGGCGAAGCGCUCAAUGAUCGAGAAGCGGCACGAGAAUCGACGGCAUUUGAUCUCGCAGAAUGAGCUCGACAAGGCGAGAAUGCGUAGACAAAUCCUGUACACCCGGGGCGGAAAGUUCACUCGUCUCUCUUAUCAACGACUUCCUCAACGGCUUCCUCAACAAGCGCCAUCAACGUCAAAUCGCUCGAUCCCGCGCCUCAUCCAAUCACCGCUUUCGCCGAAUCGAGGGUUGCUCGGGAAUUCUUCAAAAUUUCUCGGAAAUUCUGUUUCUAUAAAACAGGAGAUUUUUGAUGAU